AUGGAUCGCUUCAUGGUCGUCACCGGCGGCGGCACUGCUGAGCACGACAAGGCAUGGAUACGCGGCCACCUUCCCGACGACGGCUCGGUGACCAUCACCGACGAGAGCACGAAGUGGUGCAGCAUCGGCGUGUGGGGCCCCAUGGCGCGCGAGCUUAUGCGCGUCGCCACCGACGACGACGUGUCGAGCACAGGGUUCCCGUACCUGACGGCGCGGCAUAUCUCCAUCGGCGAGAUUCCCGCCCUCGCCCUGCGCAUCUCCUACGUCGGCGAGCUGGGCUGGGAGGUAUACGCCCCCUUUGAGUUCGGCCGAAAGUUGUGGGAUGCUCUCUGGGAAGCGGGCCGUCACAAGGGCGUGGUCGCCGCCGGGCUAGGCGCGUUCGAUUCGCUGCGUCUCGAAAAGGGCUACCGCCUCUGGGGCAACGAGCUUCACACUGAAUACAACCCCUUCGAGGCCGGCAUCGGCUUCGCCGUGCGGAUGCGCAAGGGAGACUUCAUAGGUCGCGACGCGCUGGCACUGGCGCGGAAGAAUGGUCUCACUCGCAAGCUCUGUUGCAUGACCCUCGAUCUACCUGAUACCGUCGUGAUGGGCAAGGAGCCGAUUCUUGUGGACGACACCCGUCGUCGGCUACGUGACCAGCGCGAACUACGGCUACUCCAUAGACCGGGGCAUCGCCCACGGGUACCUGCCCAUAGAGCACUCGAAACCCGGCACUGCCGUCGAGAUCGAAUACUUCGGUGA